UAAAAAAUGACUUCACAAACAACAACAAAGACGACUUUUAGUGAUAAGCAGGAGCACAAAGAACACAGAGAUCACGAUCACAAUGAUAAGACUUCCUUGACAGUAUUCAACAGUAAAUCUCAACAGAAAAUUGCAUACGAUCAAAUGCUACCAGAAAAUGAGUCAAGUUUUAUGUUUCCUGUGCGAAAUUGGGAAAAACGUAUGGGUUUCAUCACACCUAUCCGAUGGACAAAUUUCAUAAGCAUAAGUUUAUUUCAUAUCAUUGUUACAACUUGGUUCUUUCACACGUUAAUAAUUUAUCCAGAAUUAUUCCAGUUCAAACAUGUAACAUUUGCUGUGCUAUGGGGCAUAGUAGCUGGGUUCGGAGUGACCGGUGGAGCACACCGCUUGUGGAGUCAUCGAGCAUAUAAAGCAAAAUGGCCUCUAAAAGUAAUUCUAGCAAUCUGCUAUGCAGCGGCAGGUCAAAAUAACAUAUACAACUGGGUGCGCGACCACCGAGUACACCACAAAUACUCGGAAACAACGGCGGACCCCCACGAUGCGAACCGUGGGUUCUUCUUCUCGCACGUGGGAUGGCUCAUGAUGAAGAAACACCCGGAAGUUCUGAAGCAGGGCGCCAAGAUUGACAUGUCUGACAUCACCAAGGAUCCCCUCAUACAGUUCCACAAUAGAUACUUCACGGUGCUCAAGUUAGUGUUUUGCUUCGCGCUACCCACAGUGGUCCCGGUGUGUUUCCUGGGAGCGGGCUGGUACUUCACCGUCAUGUCCCAGUGCGUGCGCUACAUGGUGACGCUUAACGCUACCUGGUCUGUCAACAGCUUCGCUCAUCUCUGGGGCAGCAAGCCAUACGACCGCACCAUAAUGCCGUCAGAAAACUGGGGUGUUUCGUUUAUGGCGUUAGGUGAAGGAUGGCAUAAUUAUCACCAUACCUUCCCCUGGGACUAUAAAGCAGCUGAGCUUCCCUACGCGACGAACCUUACCACUGUUCUACUCGACAUGUUUGCAGCUAUAGGAUGGGCGUAUGAUAUGAAGGUCACCCCCAAAGCAUUGAUCAAAGCAGUCAUAGAGAAUAAAGGAGAUAAACGGCAACAUCCGUAAUAUAAUUAAUUUGGUCGUAAAGCAUUUAUUUGUUAAACAGCAUGCAACUGUUCUAUUAAAUGAGUUUAAAACAUGGACGUCCAUGGUCUAAAAUCUAUUACAUACGCAUCAUUAUGACCUAGUAACGACCCAUUUUGAGUGCAUGUCUAAUCGAUUUUGAUUAAAUGUUUCGUAAAAAUAUGACCGGUGUCUAAUAAUAAAUACGACUGUUUACUAUUAUUAAAUGAAUAAAAUGUGAUAAGAUAAAGAUACUUUUUUUAAGCAUUUAACUGCUACAUGUUUAAAUGUAAUCUUUAGUUAUA